GGACCUAUAUGGGUAAAGUGGCUUCUGGGCGGAAGCCACACUAUAGGCUCAGGGAGGUAAGCGGUGGUAGGCCGGCGGUUGGUGUGUCCCGGGUGUGGGGCGACAGAGCCCUGGCACUUGAAGGUUGAGGGGGCUUCCCCAGCGCGGCGAAUGUCUGGCCCCCGGAGGCCAGGCCGUGAGUGCGGGAGGUAAACGCCAAGGCAGAAGAGUUGCCACUCACUACCUGUGUGACCUCGGGUAAAUUAGUCUUGGAACGUCAGUUUCCUCGUCUCUAUAAUUGUAGUAAUAAUAGUACCUCUCUCAGGAUUGUUGUGAGCCGUCAGUGAAACACUUAGAGCAGUUUCUGGCACAUGCCGGUCAUGGUGGCGCCCGCCUGUAAUCCCAGCUAUUCAGGAGACUGAGACAAGAGAAUCGCUUGAACCCAGGAGGCGAAGAUUGCAGUGAGUGGAGAUCUCCAGCCUGGUGACAGAGCAAGACUCUGUCUCAAAAAAAAAAAAGGUAGAAUUGGGCUAUUUGCUGAAGCUUCUUGGUGGCCCUUGCUAGCCCAGGAAGAAACUUACAUUUUGAUUUUUUUGUACCAUGGCUUUGGUUCACAAAUUGCUGCGUGGUACUUAUAUUCUCAGAAAAUUCUCUAAGGCAACUUCUGCCUUGUAUCCAUUUUUGGGUAUUCGCUUUGCAGAGUAUUCCAGUAGUCUUCAGAAACCAGUGGCUUCUCCUGGCAAAGCCUCCUCACAGAGGAAGGCUGAAGGGGAUUUGCAAGGAGAUCACCAGAAAGAAGUUGCUUUGGAUAUAACUUCUCCUGAGGAGAAGCCUGAUGUUAGUUUCGAUAAAGCAAUUAGAGAUGAAGCAAUGUACCAUUUUAGGCAUUUGAAGGAUGAAAUUGUGGAUCAUUGGAGAGGACCGGAAGGCCGCCCUCUGCAUGAUGUCUUGCUGGAACAAGCCAAGGUUGUCUGGCAGUUCCGGGGGAAAGAAGAUUUGGAUAAGUGGACAGUGACUUCUGAUAAGACGAUUGGAGGCAGAAGUGAAGUGUUUUUGAAAAUGGGCAAGAAUAACCAAAGUGCACUGCUAUAUGGAACUCUGAGCUGUGAGGCGCCUCAGGACGGGGAGUCUACCCGAAGUGGGUACUGUGCAAUGAUAUCCAGGAUUCCAAGGGGUGCUUUUGAGAGGAAGAUGUCUUAUGAUUGGUCCCAGUUCAAUACUCUGUAUCUCCGUGUACGUGGGGAUGGUCGGCCUUGGAUGGUGAAUAUCAAGGAGGACAUAGAUUUCUUCCAGAGGAGGAAUCAGAUGUACAGUUACUUCAUGUUCACCCGUGGGGGACCCUACUGGCAGGAGGUCAAGAUUCCUUUUUCCAAAUUUUUCUUCUCUAAUCGAGGAAGAAUCCGGGAUGUUCAGCAUGAGCUUCCGCUUGAUAAGAUCUCUUCUAUAGGAUUCACCUUGGCUGAUAAAGUGGAUGGUCCAUUCUUCCUGGAGAUAGAUUUUAUUGGCGUGUUUACUGAUCCAGCUCAUACGGAAGAAUUUGCCUAUGAAAAUUCUCCAGAGCUUAACCCAAGGCUUGUUAAAUAAAGAUCAUAUGGUAGUUCUGUUUUACUAAUCUAAGGAUACUAGCAUCUACAAUGAUAUAGACAAAAUAAAAUAUUUCUUUAAUGGCA